AUGGGUAACACUCCUUCCAAAAAUGCUCAUACCAGUAUCUCAAUGACGCCAGAUGUAGGCGCUGGUCCUUCAUCUUCGGCAGGAAGCUCGCUCCAGACCUCUGAAGACGGGGGUCUGGAUGACCCCAUAUGUAGCGGUAGUAGUAGCAGCUCCAGAAAUUUAAGGUCCAGUGCGUACAAUCAUCAUCAUCAUCAUCAUCAUCAUCUUGGCUAUGAGAAACAAGGUUUAAAGGUUAAUAAUAAUAAUAACAACAACAACAACAACAACAACAACAACAACAACAACAGCUAUCAGUAUGAGCACGAUAGAUCAUCUUCAGAAAAAGAUAACAACUAUGCUUAUUCGUCACCACUUUCCCCAUCUUCUUCAGGAACUCCUGUCCUGGCAUCUCCUUCAUCUUCAUCUUCAACUAAAACUACAACCCCCCGCAGUGGCUAUAUCAACAACUCCAUCACCACAAACAGCGUUCCAGUCCCUGUCAGACGUAGACCUUCAUCAUUUACCACUCCUCGUUCUGCAGACCGCCGUCCAUCCACCUCCUCAUCCAUCUCGUCUUCCUCGUCAUCCAUCUCGUCUUCCUCGUCAUCUGCCUCUUCUAAAUCGUCUGUUGUUGUCUCAUCCGAUGUGGGCGUUGUUGGAGGUCCUUCUGAUGCUAUUGCAACAGCUUCUACCGCCACCAUUACACCCUCCUGCUCUUCAUCCCAAACCCCAACCCCAACAAAAACCCCUACCUUAACCCCAACCCAUACCCAUAAUAAUAAUCACUACAACCCGUACCAACCGACCUCUACAAAUGCAACCAACCCUAACCCGCCUCAGUCCUUUUAUGAGACGGUGGUUUCAUCAUUUUCUUCCACUGCUACUCCUACCGAUCCCUUCACUACAUCAACCUCAACCUCUACCUCAAUCUCAACCCCAACCGAAAUUCCUCGGUCUUCAACAACAAAUACUCAAAAAUGGUCUAAACCUUCUUUGGUAAUUGCUACAGAUGGGGCUCUCUCUUCCAAUUCUUCAAGCCCAUCCUCAUUGUCCCAGAGCCCAUCAGCUACCAACCGUCUUUAUAAGGCAGCAGCUGCUUUGACGCCUAUUCACCAACAUUCGUCUUAUCCAAACCAUCAAGAUGACUUUUAUACAAUGACUCCUAUGGGCGGUCUUUCAACAACAGUGGCACUUUCCUCUAGCCUAUCUUCUGUUGGUACUAGUUUUUCUAGCUCCCUUAGCUCCUUUUCUCAAUCGAGUCAAUCUAGCCAAUCUAGCCAACAAAAUUCCCCCGUCAAGACCCCUACUUUUGAAGAAUACCCUUCGACAACUUUUGUUGUUGACGAAGACCAAGUUAAUGGUCAAACCACUCGUCUACCAAGUCCAGGAUCUCAUUUCCCGUCAAAUACCAUUACAAAGGCUAACGUUGUUGCAGCUGCUCAUACUUUGACCACAGCUAUUGGUACUAAUAUAUCAGGUAUGCCCACAGCUAGUCAGCAACUAUCUGCCACACCAAAGCCUAAGUCUCAACAACGCCAUCACAGGUCUGAGAAACUUUCUUCUCCUUCUACUUCCACUUCUCCAUUAUCAUCUACCAAGUCUAAACCCAAACAACAUGCGGUGGAUGUUAACGAGCUUAUUGGUCGUUUGCUUAAUACUGGUCUCUCAUCCUCAAAGAAACUUUGUAUUAGUAACAAUGAGAUUAUUGGUAUUUGCCGUGCUGCCCGCUCCAUUUUUUUGUCUCAACCUACCCUCCUUGAGUUGGGCACUCCUGUCCAGGUUGUUGGUGACAUUCAUGGCCAGUAUGGUGACUUGCGUCGUGUCUUUCAGCUUUGUGGUAUGCCUCCGGAAUCCAAUUACCUCUUUUUAGGAGACUAUGUGGACCGUGGCAAGCAGUCGAUUGAGACCAUGCUUCUUCUUUUGUGUCUUAAGAUUAGAUAUCCUGAAAAUGUCUUUUUGCUCAGAGGUAACCACGAGUGUGCCAGUGUCACACGUGUUUAUGGCUUUUACGAUGAAUGCAAACGUCGUGCUUCUGUCAAGGUCUGGAAGACCUUUGUUGACACGUUUAAUACGCUUCCUAUUGCCGCCACUAUUGGCCGCAAAAUUUUCUGUGUCCAUGGUGGUCUUUCCCCUUUCCUUAACUCUCUUGAUGACAUUCGCAAUAUUCAGCGCCCCACCGAUAUUCCAGAAAUGGGUCUUCUCAGCGAUCUCCUUUGGUCAGACCCGGAUUCUACGGUUGACGAAUGGCGACCCAAUGACCGAGGCGUGUCUUACUGCUUUGGCAAACCCAUUGUGGAAGCCUUUUGUGCCAAAUUUGGCUUUGACUUGAUUGCUCGUGGUCACAUGGUUGUCGAGGACGGCUAUGAGUUUUUCUGUCGUCGCAAGCUUGUGACUGUGUUUUCGGCACCCAACUACUGUGGUGACUUUGGCAACUGGGCAGCUGUCAUGACUGUUGGCAAAGACUUGCUUUGUCGUUUUGAGCUUUUGCAGCCUUUGGAUACUAAUGGUGUUCGCCGCGAGCUCAAAAAUGGCCGCAAGACUGAUGUUAAGACGAUUAGUCCUACCAAAAAGAAAGACCUUAUCACCAGUAUUUCGCUUAAAAGUUGA